GCGUCAUCAAGUUGUCCGCCGCAUCACGCAGCUUCGUGACCGCCGCGCGACCACGAUGCAGGCCCUCGUUAUCGCGCUCGCGGCGUCCGCGUCGGCCCUCGUCGCGCCCGCGCGCCGCGCGGCACCGCUCAAAACGCCGACGAAGGCCGCCGCGGUCGCGGACGCGCCUACCGCCGUCCCCGACCGUGUCAGCAAGGAGAAUCCGCUGCGCGUCGUCAUCGCCGGCGCCGGCGUCGGCGGCCUCACGCUCGCGAACGCGCUCGACGACUGCGAACACGUCGACGUGACGCUCGUCGAGAAGACGUCCGCGUUCAAGCGCUUCGGCGGUCCCAUCCAGCUGGCGUCGAACGCGAUGCAGCUCUUCCGGGAGAUGGACGACGACAUCUACGACCAGAUCGAGCACAAGUUCACCUGGACGGGCAAUCUGACGAACGGCAUCAAGGACGGCAUCCGCGACGAGUGGUACGCGAAGUUCGAUCUGGCGUCGCCGGCCGCGGCGCGGUCCAUGCCGUACACGGGCGUCAUCGAGCGCCCGGACCUCCAGGAGAUCCUCCUCGGCGGCCUGACGGACGGCGUCGUCGCCAACGGCGUCGGCGUCGCCGGCUACGAGAAGACGGCGGCCGGCGGCGUCAACGUCGCGAUGGAGGACGGCCGCGUCAUCGAGGCCGACGUCCUCGUCGGCGCGGACGGCAUCUGGUCCAACGUGCGCGCGGCCAUGCGCGACGAGCCCGCCCGCGGCGAGGGCUCUGGCGUGUCCUACAGCGGCUACACCGUCUUCGCCGGCGAGCUCAACUACGCGUCGCCCGACAACGGCGAGGUCGGCUACAAGGUCUACAUCGGGCCGAACCAGUACUUCGUCAUCACGGACAUCGGCAACGGGCGCUACCAGUACUACGCCUUCCUCGCGCGCGCGCCCGGGUCCGCGGAGACGGAGGCGAAGCCCGACGGCACGGUGCCGUUCCUCAAGAAGACGUUCGAGGGCUGGAGCCCGGACGUGCACCGCAUCCUCGACGCGACGAAGGAGGACGAGAUCGAGCAGCGCGACCUCUACGACCGCCCGCCGUCGUCCAUCAAGCCCUGGAGCGACGGGCCCGUGGGCCUGCUGGGCGACGCGGUCCACGCGAUGAUGCCGAACCUCGGCCAGGGCGGCUGCCAGGCCAUCGAGGACGCGUUCGUCCUCGACCAGGAGCUCCGGGGGCUGCGCAAGCGGUCCUACGCCGGCGAGGCGCUCAAGACCUACCGCAACCGGCGCCUCGUGCGCUCCGCGUCCGUGCAGGGGCUCUCCCGCUUCGCGUCGGACAUCAUCAUCCGCGGCUUCGACACGCCGGCGAAGAUCGUCACGGACGACGGGCCCGUGCGCUUCGAGAACUUCAACUACGCGGGCAUCGUCACGCGCCUGCUCCAGCCCAUCCUCCCCGUCUUCUUCACGGUCCAGUUCAACUUCCUCUACGAGGGCUGGCGCAACGAGGCGGCGCUGGACCUGAAGGCCGGCGUCGCGAUCUUCGGCAUCGGCCUGCUGAUCCUCGCCGUCGGCGCCGGGGCCGUCGGCGACCUGGCCAUCCUCCUCCCCUUCGCCGGCGAGAGCCUCAUCGGCGCGGAGGCGUUCGCGGGCCUCUCCGAGACGAUCUCCUCCAUCCUCCCCUCCGUCGACAGCCUGCUGUGAACAGCGGCGCACUCGCUCCGAACGUAAAAAAGCCUCCGUGUGU